CAAGAUCCAGGUUCGUCAGGGACCGGCCUCUUGCCGGCUCGCAGGAGGGCGGGGCCUCGAGCUUGGGGGCGGGGCCUACACCUCGGGGUCCGCCCUCGCUGUCUAGCCUCUUGCCGUCAUCCGCCUCACCCCCGUUCUUUUCGGUUAUUUUCUGCUACGACCGUUCCCCGCCCUGCCCUGGGCCCAGGGGGCCGCGGUCUGAACUUUGGUCGGCUGGAGAAGUCGUCCCCGACCUCCUUCAAAAAUGGGGAACGUGCAGUCGGAGCCGUCCGCGGGCGGGGGCUCCCGAAAAGAGCAGGCCUCGGACCGCUCCUCUGACUCCCGCCGUAUGUCCCUGGUGGAGCCAGAGGUGACCCCCUCCUCCCCGGCCAUGCGCCUGGCUCGCGGGCUGGGCGUCUGGUUCCCUGGCAGCUCCGCGCCGCCGGGAAUCCUGGCACCCCCGGAGCCCCAGGCCUCACCCUCGCCCUUGCCCCUGACCUUAGACCUGCCCUCACCGGUGACACCCCUUUCGGAGGAGGCGGCUGCGGCCGCUGUCUCCACACCACCCCCGCCCCCCGUGGGGACCCUGCUGCCCGCACCGUCUAAGUGGCGAAAACCCAUGGGCACUCCGAUGCCCCGGAUCCGCGGUCUGCGGGAGGCGAGCCACCGCGGCCAGGGCGAUCCUCCGAGCCUUCGUCCGCUGCCGCCGCCGCCCAGGCAACUCAGUGGAGAGGUCCCCAACUCUGUCCCGAGGGCCCCAACCCCUACUCCGCCGCUCUUGGCGCCGCGGAAGCCGCCACCACUGCCACCUUCCGACCGGCAGCCCCCGAACCACAGAAUCACUUCUGCUCUGGCCACACCCGCCACAACUCCCACCGAAAGCCAGGUCGGGUGCAGCAGCGAAGGCCCGACGGCCCGCGGAGCCCGUAGAGUGGCGCCUCGCCAAGCAGGCGAGGGCGAAACGGCCCGGCCGGCUGUCUCCGAGUCCGGCCUGAGCCUGCUGUGUAAAGUCACCUUCAAGUCGGGGCCCCCUUUGUCCCCAGCGGCAGCGUCGAGUCCCUUAGCUGCCAAAGCCUCGCUCGGGGGCGGCGGAGGCAGAGGACUCUUCUCCGCGGCCUCGGGUUCCAUCUCUUACGCCGAAGUCCUGAAGCAGGGGUCCCUGGCUCCUGGGACGGUGAGACCCUCGGGAGAGCUCCCUCGGAGGAAUCAGGAAGCUGAAGGCGGUGGAGACGGCGAGGGGUGUUCUGGACACCCCUCGGCGCCUGUGUCCCAUGCCAGGGCCCUUCCGCCGCCACCCUACAUCACCUUUCCAGGCUCGAAGCCCAAAUUUGACUGGGUGAGCCCUCCCGAUGGCCCUGAACGCCACUUCCGCUUCAACGGAGCCGGCAGCAGUGUCGGGGCGCCCCGACGGCGCGCGGCCGUGCUCUCAGGGCCCUGGGGCUCUCCACCGCCUCCGCCAGGAAAGACGCACCCAGCUCCCGGGCCCCGGAGGCCUGCACCAGCCCUGCUAGCGCCGCCUAUGUUCAUCUUCCCGACGCCCACCAAUGGCGAGCCUGUGAGCCCCGGGCCGGGAGACCCAAAGGAGUUGCCGCCGCAGCCGCCGCCCACGCCACCCCCCACGCCUCCUCCAGUGCCACCGCCCGCACCGCAGCCUCCCGCGCUCCAGCCAACGCCGAGGCCCGCGGCCCUCCCUCCCACCCCAGCCCCAGUGCACUUGGAGUCGGCCUUGGCUCCCGCCCCGGCUCCCACUCUGCCUUUCGCCUUGGCAGCCGACCAGGCCCAGGCCCCAUCCCCGGCUCCAGCUCCCACCAUAACAGAGCCAGCGCUGCCUGUGCCCGCGCCCAUCAAGGUCCGCACGCGCAGGAACAAGGGUCCCCGCGCAGCCCGGGGUGCGACCCGCGAGGAUGGAGCCCCCGGAGAUGGCCCUCGCAAACGUAUUGCAGCCACCAUGACUGACAGAGGUGGUGGAGGGGGUGGUGGCAGCGGGGCUCCUCCAGCAGGGACAGUUAACACGGGCAGCGCCGCUCGCCACUGGCCGCCCUUCCAGGUGCUCAACUCUUGUCCCUGCAAGUGCUACUGCCGCCACCAGCCGCGUCAGCGCCGUCUACCACGCAACGUGUCUGCCUGGCUGAGCACGCCCACCAACCACCUGAGUGAGCCGCCCUGGGUUACGACCAUCAAGAUGGCUGGCUCCCUGGUCGCUGGGCUGGAGCACUGCGAUUUGCAGUCCACCUAUCCCAACUGAGUCCAGUCUGCUGAGUGCCCUCCGCCUCCACCUCCGUGACAAUAAAAUAACCAUCCAGAUGUCUAGC